CUCUCUCAACUCGGCAAACAAACAAACACACAAACGUUUGUACACUUAAUGUUGUCAAGUUGAAUCCCAUACCUUUAUGUACAAAUGUAGAAGCAGUUACAUUAAGCUCAACUCUACUUUGGUUUAUAAACCGACAACUUUUGUGUAAUUUUUGUGUUUCUUGUUUUUUUUUGUAUCUACUAAUUGUAAUAGCAAUUAAUUUGGUUGCCAAUUGAGAGUCAUGGAGGAUCGACCUGAUGAUAGUUUGUGUUCCAAUGGAAGUUGUUCAUCUAUUGAUCAAAGUGAAUUAAAUACUGGUUCCAAUGCAACCGGUAACACUGUUAACCUGACUACCUCCAAUGGUAAUGGUAAUAAUGGUUCAAUUAAAUCGUCUCGAUUAUCCUUUAGUAUAAACCAUCUUUUAUCCAAAUCCUCUUCAACCUCACCAAAUGAAUGUGUAAAAAGUUUUGCCAAAAAUGUAUCACCACUCAAUGAUGAACCAAAUGGGGCAAAAAAUUUAACCUCAUCACCACCAACAGCAACCUCAUCAUCACCCAUUCCGGUAAUAGUUUCAUCUUCACCUUCAUCUUCAUCCAGGAUAACAACACUGUCCACAUCAACACCACCAACAACAACAUCUCUAGCAAGCAACAAUAACCAUUCAAACAGCAACAAUCAUCAUAACCAUAAUCAUCAUCAUCACCAUCAUCAUCAUCACAUCAAGGAUGAGUUAAUUGAUGAUUUAACGAGAAAUGGUAAAGUCAAAGGUAAUUUAAGUCCAAUUUCAUUUGGAAAUAAAUUAUCAUCAACUUUAAUCACAGGGUUAAAUAACAACAACAGUAAUAAUAAUAAUAAUAAUUCCAAUGCUAAUAGUAAUAAUAAUCAUUCUAAUCAUCAUUAUAACCGGUCAAUAUCAACAACACCACCACCAACUUUAUCAUCUUCAUCCUCUUCUUCAUCUUCAACCAAAACAGCCAAUAAUACAAUCAACAGUAAUUCCGGUAAUUCAUCGUUACCACCAAUGAAUCCACUUCGAUUUGAUGGUUCACUGAAAAGUUGUCCCGAUAAAGAUUUUGAUAAACCAAGUGUUAACCAUGACAAUGGUAAUGAUAACCUUAUGGCUACCAAUGCCUUUUAUCAUCAUUACAUUACCGAUGCAUUUAGUGAUUCAAUGUUAAGGCUUCACGGUGUCCACCCUCACCAUCCUCAUCAUCCUCACCAUCCACAUCACCCCUUGUACCAUCAUCCUCGUCACCCGUUAGCCAAUGGAAACCAGGUUGCUCUUCACUUAACGGGAAGACCCUUUCAACCAGGUCAUCCUUUCCUGCCCAUAGCGAAUCCCUUUUUUACACCUUACUUUCGUAAACCGAAGCGAGUUCGAACAGCGUUUAGUCCAUCUCAAUUAAUGGAACUUGAAAGAGCCUUUGACAAGAAUAAUUAUGUCAUUGGCAAUGAAAGGAAAGAGCUUGCCAAAAAAUUGAAUCUCGGUGAAACACAGGUUAAAGUUUGGUUUCAAAAUAGACGAACCAAGGCUAAAAGGCAAAAGCAAGAGGACGAAGAUGGUUCCUAUCAAGUGUCCAAUUCAGGGAAACGCGGUGAACCCGAUGAAAGUGAAUGCAUGUCUGAAGGUGAUGAAGACGAUGACACUGAAAUGGAAAUGUCCAAUGGAUAUGGUUCAUCAGCAUCUCCAACCAAACUAACAACCAAUCCAAAUGAACAUCUACAUCAUCGUUGAAAAGCUAUUCACCAGCUUAGGAAAGGAUACAAAAGAAACCAAAAAAGGAUCUCAACAUUAAUAGUUUUUAAGUUAAUUUUGAACAUUGGUCAUCACCAAACCACCAAUCAUCAUCUCUUGACCAUCACAAACAAAGUAUCGUCUCAUCAUCAUCUUGUUCUUCCUCAUCUUUCCCUCUAAUCAUCAUUUUAAUUAAAAGUAACUAAAUUUCCACCUUCACCAUAUUUACAUGAUUAAAGACAAGAUUAUUCAUUGUUUAUUCAUUAACAAUUUCAUGCCAUAUUUAAUGAUGAUCAUUAUUAUUAUUGAUAUACAUAAUUAUAAAUACAGUUGUGUCAUGUUUUCAAAAACAUUGAGCAAAGCGCAAAAUGUCAAUCAAAUAAAAUUGAAAAGCAAAGUUGAA